GGGAGAUACACACUAUGCAACAUCGUUAAGUGUUUAAUAGGAAAACGCUUUGUAAAGAUGUCAAAAUGGAAAAACUAACAAGUUGCCGCUUAUGUAUCAGCAAAUUUUAGGCCCAUAUACAUUGACCCGGCCCAGAUCCACAUCAACAUAGGACACACUAAACUUUACAAAAACCCUAAAACAGACGGUGAGUUGCCAUUUCAUCCGCCGUGAGCUCAAAGAACCCUAAUCUCUUCUCCACUUUUACAAUUUCAAGAGAUGGGUGAGGAAGUUAAGGCAGUUGUUCCAGAGUCAGUAUUGAAGAAGCAAAAAAGGAGCGAGGAAUGGGCCCUUGUAAAGAAGCAAGAGCUUGCAGCUGCAAAGAAGAUGAGUGCUGAGAACCGGAAAUUGAUCUACAACAGAGCUAAGCAAUAUGCUGCAGAGUACGAGCAACAGGAUAAGGAGUUGAUUCGUUUGAAGCGCGAAGCUAGAUUGAAGGGUGGUUUCUAUGUCGACCCUGAGGCAAAGCUGUUGUUUAUCAUUAGGAUCCGUGGGAUUAAUGCUAUGGCUCCACAAACCAAAAAGAUAUUGCAGCUUCUACGGUUGAGACAGAUCUUUAACGGUGUUUUUUUGAAAGUCAACAAAGCCACAGUGAACAUGCUUCAUAGAGUUGAACCUUAUGUUACCUAUGGUUAUCCUAACCUAAAAAGUACUAAAGAAUUGAUCUACAAGAGAGGUUAUGGGAAAGUUGACAAGCAGAGAAUUGCCUUAACUGACAACUCUGUCAUUGAGCAGGUAUUGGGUAAGCAUGGAAUUAUCUGUAUGGAAGACUUAGUCCAUGAGAUCAUGACCGUGGGACCCCAUUUCAAGGAGGCCAACAACUUCCUAUGGCCGUUCCAGCUUAAGGCACCUUUGGGUGGACUGAAGAAGAAAAGGAAUCACUAUGUUGAAGGAGGUGAUGCUGGUAACCGUGAGAACUUUAUCAAUGAACUUAUUAGGAGGAUGAACUAAGACAGUUGGAAAUUUUGCUGUGGUGUAGGAGCUCUUUUAUCUCAUCUUUUAAUAUCUUUUUCCAAGUAUUGAAGUGAUAAAGAGCUUCAGAUUUUCUGCCUUCAUUUGAGAUUGUUUAGAGUUUAUGACAGUACACAACAAUGAUGAUGGGUUUUCCUCCGGAAACAUAUCUUGUCAAAUUGUUAUCUUUAUUUGUAUUUUGAAAUUGUUGGGGUUUAGUGUCUUGAAUGUGAUCAGAAAGUUUAUUUA